ACCAAAAAAAGUUGAAACUGUGUAAUUUUUAUUUUGGUUCUGUUUAUAAGGCUAAGAGAAGUAUGCCCAUUCAGCCAUGUGUGCAUGUGAAACUAUGUAACUUCUUUGAUACUUUACUGACACACGUCACGUCUGUCAUAGAACUAGUAAACAGAAAACAUGCUGAAUCUGUCAUAAAAUCAUAACAUGAUCAUAACCUGUAUUCACACAUUUUCUUCUUUCUAUUAUAAUUAAAUAAAAAAGUAGUAGAUAUUUGCUUAUUACAUUAAGUAUGUAGAAACAUUUAUUCCUCUCAAGGUUCUUUAAAUAUUACAGUAAUGUCUCACCAAUUAGGGAGAUUAGUAUCAGAGAUUUUACAUCGAUACUUCGGUGAAAUUGUUCAGCAAGUUGGUAAAGAUCUAUUUACUUAUGGCAGUAAACCUAUUUCUAUGAUUGUGAAGACUACAGGCCUCCCUCGAAUUAAGGUUGUGGAAAGUCUACGAACAUUAUUAAAAUUUCAUUUGGCCACAUUUGAGCCGUCAAUAAAUGAAGUAAAUGCAGACUACAAACUAAACUCUGAUAAUGUUCUCCUUUUGAUUAGAUAUCCAAGAUACCUACUUCAGAUGAAAAGUAAAUUUGGGAGUGAAGCAGAGUUGCUGAUAGAAGAGUUACUUCAACAGGCCACCUGCAGCGCUACUGUCCUUCUUGUCACAAUUGCUAACAAGUAUAAAGAUGAUAAGGAUAAAAAUAUAACAAUGGUAAAGUUGAAAGAUACAUUCAUAAGCCUAGCGACUGCGGGGUACAUACAGCAGGCGCCGGUAGAAGAGGCCAAAGAAGGAUGUGAAGUGCCAACACUGGUACCGGUGGCUACAAUAGUUCCCGACUUUGAGAUUAGAAAUUUACUACAAGCCAUGACUAAAAACAUAUCUGAAAUUACUGACAAUGUAUAUUGGGAGGUGAAUUAUGACAGGUUUCAUCUAGACUUCAGGGACGAAAUAAUGAUCAAAGCCGUCACACGGCGUAUUGAUGAAAAUGCGGGUGAGCUAUUGCUGCACCUACUUAGACUAAUGUACUUGUCGUCGCCACCAUGGGGAGCAGAAUCGAACCCCACACCGGUGGUGGAGAUACGUGAAUGUUGCCAACGUGUCGCCGCCGAGCGACCCUUGUUGAACCAACAUUUUGAACAGUAUCUUAAGGUAUUAGAAGAGAACGGCGCGGGGUUUAUCCGUCGUAGCGGGGACGCGGGCGGCGGGCAGUUCCUGGUGCGAGUCCGGUUCGCCGCGCACCAGCUGCUGCGCUGCGUCGUCGAGCACUGCGUCACCGAACGACUCGGGUCCAACGCCGCCAGGAUAUUUAGGUUAAUAUAUAGUAAAAAGUAUAUAGAGGAAGAUGAUAUACAAAAGCACGCCAUGUUACCGAACAAGGAAUGUAAGGAGCUCACAUAUAAGUUGCUUGAAGAACACUUCAUUAGCGUUCAGCCAAUGAGGAAAGCAGCGUCUGCGGGUGGACUGGCUAAAGCAAUAUAUUUGUAUCACAUAAAUUUACAUGAGGUAGCGAACACAAUAAGGGAGCUAUGUUACCGCUCUCUGCAUAAUUUGUGUCGGCGGGGCUCCCAUGAGCGGCGCCUCCACGUGCGUCUCCUAGACAAACAGCGCCGGGUGCGCACCAUUGUACACGGCAUGCGCUUGCGUGGCGAGCCUCAAGAAAACAUCGACGACGUAGAGGAAACCCUCACGCCGCCUGAGCUGGCCGUACUGAAAAACGUAGAAAAACGUCUAAAACAACUCAGCGCCGCAGAAUUGGAGCUAGAUCGAACGUUAUUCAUAUUAAAAUGGUAUUUUAUGUACCCAUAAUGAAAUAUACAGGUUAUACUGGCUGUGACUUUAAAGCGACUCUUCUAGAAGACCGAGUUUUUGUUAUGAACUUUUUUAUUUGUGAAUGUGGAAACAAACAACCAGCAAAUGUUAUAAAAUACAUCCAA